AUGACGACAAGUAUUUUGACUUCUUUUAUGAUGAUUAUUUGGUUAGCAGUUAAACAAGUUCGAACUGAUUGUCUCAAUGAUACAACAACUGAAUCAACAUUUGUCUAUAGACGUGUUUGCUAUUUUGCUAAUUGGGCUGCUAAACGAUAUGAUAAUAUAAGUCGUUUAACUCCUGAAGACAUAGAUCCAUUUUUAUGCACACAUAUAAAUUUUGCAUUUGGAAAAGUACUUGAAAGUUUAGUAAUAGCACCAUAUGAAGAAGAUGAUUUAAAAGGAUGGACAGCAAGUUCCAAAGGCAUGUAUGAACGUGUAUUAAAAUUAAAAGAAGUCAAUCCUGAUUUACGUGUACUUCUGAGUGUUGGAGGAUGGACACAUGCGUCUCGUGGAUUUAAUGAAGUGUCAAAAAAUGCUGCAAAUAUUAAAACUUUUGUCAAAAAUAGUGUGAAAUUUUUACGUGAUAAUAAAUUUGAUGGCUUAGAUUUAGAUUGGGAAUAUCCAGGAGCAAAAGAUCAAGGCGCUGAACCUCAUUCGAAAACUGGAUAUACGAAAUUAGUAAAAAAAUUGAGUCGAGUAUUUCAGCGAGAAGCUGAACGUACCGGACAAGAAAAACUAUUAUUGACAUGUGCUACAGCUGCUGCAAGACAUCGAAUCGAAGCUGGUUAUGAAGUAGAAGAAGUUUGCAAAUAUUUCGAUUUUGUAUCAGUUAUGACUUAUGAUUAUCAUGGGAGUUGGGAUGGUAAAACUGGACAUAAUAGUCCAUUAUAUGCAAUGCGUAAUGAACGAAAAAAAUUUCGUGAAUGGAAUAUAAAUAGUUCAAUGCUUGUUUGGGUUGAACUAGGUUGUCCAAAAGAAAAACUUAACAUUGGUCUAUCUGCUUACGGACGAGCCUUUUCUGUUUUCGGAGAAACAGGUAUGACUAAUGGUAAACCAGCACCAAAGAAAAAAUCAUCGAUUGGAAUGAAAGCAAGUGCAGCUGAAGCCGGAAAAUAUACACGAGAAGCAGGUGUUCUGGCUUAUUAUGAAAUCUGUGAAUUAAUUCAAAAUAAUCCCAAUAAUCGUGUAUUUUGGCAUCGAGAUAUGAGUGUUCCAUAUGUAUCAAGUAAAGCCUUGUGGAUUGGUUUUGAUAAUAUUCGAAGCGUUACACUUAAAAUGCAAUUUUUGAAAGAGCAUGGUUAUGGCGGUGUGAUUAUUUGGUCGUUAGAUCUUGAUGAUAAAACAGGUGAAGUUUGCCAUGAAGGACCUUUUCCAAUAUUUAAUGCAGCAAAACGUGAAUUAUCUAUUUUACCUGAACAUCUUGUACAUACUAAAAUUAAAAAAUGCUCUGAUAUUAAUGCAACAAUUACAGUCGAACAUCUACGUUCGAAAACGACAACAAUAAAAACAAGUUAG